CUUCUCCCCACCCCUGUAGUCAACUUCCUCCAUGCACGUGCGCAAAACCAGACCUCCCUCCUCCUACAUGUGUUUGUACUUUGUCUCAUCCCUCGCUGGCAUUUUAAUUGUGGCUGUCAACAGCAAGUCAUCUCAAGAGGAACAGAAACAUCAGAUAGAGCAAAACCGUACUCUCUGCAGUUGUUGUAGUAGCAGAUCAAGAUCAUCAUCAUCAUUAUUUCAGAGUACCAUGUGGGACUGCUGUGUCUUGGCUGCUUGUCAGGAGACCAGAAAGAGUCUCUUCUGAAGCUUGUCCUCGGAUCAUCCUGGACUGAACUCUGCAGAACGUGAAACAGCUCUGGCAUCUGACAGUCUUCACCCGCUGGACAGCUUUCGUUUACAAUCAAGACACACUUUUUCUCCAAAAACAACAGGUCAAUUUCUUACUGUAACAGUGAACUGGCGGAAAUCUAAAAGAACAAUGACUGCAACGGUUACACCACAAUCCACAACCACAAACUCUACAUAUAAGUGUGUUGAAAUUGGUGACAGCACCAUCAGUGACUUUCUAAUGUCUAUUUACAUCCUGGCUUUCAUUUUUGGUUUGAUCUUCCACUUGCUGACUCUGGGUCCAAUCUGGCAGCAAGUUCGUCGGCAAAACAUCCUGGGAAUAUUUCUACUCAGCCUGUCGAUUUCAGACAUACUUUUCCUUUUCACCAUGCCCCUUUGGAUUAAUUAUUACCGGCAGGACCACCACUGGCAGCUAGGUGUAGUUUCCUGUAGCAUAGCUGGCUUUGUUUAUUACACUAAUAUGUACAUCAGCAUCUUCCUGCUCUGCUGUAUCUCUGUGGACCGCUGCCUUGUUGUUACCUUCCCUCUACGCUUCAAAACACACCGUACGUCCCGCUAUGCCUGGACGCAGUGUGUCAGUGUUUAUGUUGUGGUGAUUGUGCUUCACAUCCUGGUGCUAGUCAAAGAUGAUCUCAAAGAUGCCCAUGACGAUAAAGGCCCAAAUGAUCGCUGCUACGAAACGUACCCCAUGAAGAGUCCUGUGGCCUUGUUUAACCUGAUCCGACUGGGACUCGGCUUUCUUCUACCCCUGCUGGUGUUGGCGGGGAGCUACUGGAGGGUUCUGGCCACUGUUGGUCAAAGUCAUGGCCUUAGUGCCAGGGCUAAGAGAAAAGUCCGCCUGCUUUCAUUCGGCGUGAUUGGGAUCUUCUCAGUGUGCUUUGCUCCCUAUCACAUCCUCCUCCUUGUACGCUCAGUAGUCUUCUAUAAACGCGAUAACAUAGAGCGUCAUGGAAGUUACUGCAAGUUUGAGCAAAAGAUGCACUUUUUCUUCUCGUGUACGCUGGCACUGUCCAGUCUGAACUGUGUAGUGGACCCUGUGCUCUACGUACUGGUCAGUAACGGAGUCCAGGAGGAGGUGAAACUGUUCUGGAGGACACUGUACACACGAAGUACACUGACUGACAAUACUUCUGCUACACACACCAGAGAACGGGCUAAUGCUAACUUAAUAUAAAGAAGUAAGCUGUAUAUUGACGAAAACUGCAUAUAUCACGUGUAUUUAUCUGUUCAUGCAUACACAGCAUUAUGCAUGUAAUUGUAGCUGUUUGAACUCAUGUCUUAAUUUUCACAGUUAGCAAGAAAGCAGCAGGAUAUUUUAUAUAUAUAGAUAUAUUAGUAAUCAACUUUUGUGUACGAGACGGCAGAAAUCCUCUGAGAGAACUUCAGUGCUGCCUUUUCUCAUAUCCAACUCAAAAUGGAGGAGGCGGUUGAAUAACAUGCAUCUCAGAGCAUGUAAUUGGAUAGUACUCCUAGGUUUUGCUCUCCCAAGGGUGCUUCAGUGGCAGCCACUUCUGGUCUGUGGUCGGACACUGCAGAGGUUGAAGAGCCCUUGUAUUGUCCCUCCAAUCUAUAUGCGAAUAUUGCCAUUGUGAUUGCGUGACCCCAGUGUAGCUAAAGGUGCAUUAACUGUUAAGCAUGCCUUACAAAAUAAUUACAAGCAAGACUGUAUGUUUUAUGUGCCAGUGAAACAUGUUGCAUGAAUAACAAAUAAAAGAGUGGUUUUGUGGUAAAA